AUGGAAAGUUUGAGAUCCUCACUGCAUAGUUAUAAUUACUUAGUUCACACAAAUGGUAAAAUAACAAGAUUUACAAAAAGAAAAGAAAAGAAAAGAAAAGAAAAGAAAAGAAAAGAAAAGAAAAGAAAAGAAAAGAAAAGAAAAGAAAAGAAAAGAAAAGAAAAGAAAAGAAAAGAAAAGAAAAGAAAAGAAAAGAAAAGAAAAGAAAAGAAAAGAAAAGAAAAGAAAAGAAAAGAAAAGAAAAGAAAAGAAAAGAAAAGAAAAGAAAUAUUAUUAUUAAAU